AUGAACUCUGGAUUGAACAACUAAAAUUCUUUGUUUCAACAUCUAACUCCUGCUUAACUAGAGGAAUAUUAACAACAGCUUAGGUAUGAUUCUAAACCCAUUUUUACUUUAUCGUAUUACCUGACUAACUCUAUUCAUAUAUUUGGCAAUUCAUUACUUAUUUUAGAUAAUAGCAACUUUUGAGUGCCAUCCUUAAUAUGAAACCUUUUAUGUUACCAGGCUUAAUCCAACAAUUUCCAGACAAUGCCAAUAGAACACCUUAACCAUAAGAUCUAUUUAAUAACAAUUUUGGUAAGAUAUCAUCAAGUUCACUUUCAAUUAUCAAUUAAUGACCUUAUAGUUUAUUAUUUGCUAUAUUUUAAUGUAGGUUUUGGAGGAGCAUUAAAUGCAUUUGAUUAUACAAAACUUUUACAGAAAAGCCUUUAGAUGACUAAUCCAACUUCCUUGAAUCCUUUCAUGUCUAAUUAAUUGUUCUGCCAAACUAGUCCAGGGAAUUAAAAGAAAACUAAUAAUUUUAAUAAUCCCAUUACUGUUGAGGAUGAUGAACCAUAGUAAGUUUAGAAAUGUCAUAAUUAAAAAUGCAAUAAUAAAGGUGAUCGAAAAACUAAAUCAAAAAAAGGUGAAGCUCUUUAAUUUUGUGAGAAAUGCUUGAGAUUAUACACUCGUGGAAAUUAUUGUGAUUUUUGUGAAUAGGUAUUAUUAAUUAUUAUAGAAUUAUUUUAGAUAUAUUCAAAUGGUGCUAAUGAUUAAGAUGAAUAGGAGUGGAUAUAAUGUGAUGUUUGCUAAAAAUGGGUAAACCUUUAAAUUAUUUGAAAGAAUCAUUUAAAUUGUGAAGCUAAAUUUAGGAAUCAAAACAUCAAAUAAGAAACUGAAAAUUAAGUUUAUCAUUGUUUGAAUUGUUCUAAAACUAUUAAGAAACAAUAAUAAUAAUAAUAGAAUACUUAAUAAACAAAGAAAUAAGAGAAAUCUAUUGAAGAAUACCAACCGAAAUUAAGAUAAAAUAUUGAAUGUGAUGAUAAUAGAAUGAAAGAGAAAAAUAUUAACUUUGUUGCUACUAAAGAUAACAAAAUUUAGUUUAGUAAUUUUUAUUUAUUAAUAAAUAAUUAUAAGCAUUUAGAUUGAAUCUUUAUGAGGAUGAAAUUAAAUAAGAUUUAGAUAGUCUUAGAAAUGCAGGAAAAAAAAUAGUUAAGAAAUAAAAUUUACUUGAUUCUCCUAUUAUUAAAAUUAAUACUAUUCCAUAAUAGUAAUAAUAAUAAUAAUAAUAAUAAUAAUAAUAAUAAGAAGAGAAAGUAAAUUAAGAAAUAUUUAUUAUUUUAGAAUUCUGAAAUUUAAGUAAAUAGUAGACUUAGAACAAGACCUAAUAAUAAAAAUAAAGUUAAUUACAGAUAUUUAGGAGGUGAAUGA